UCUGACCUUCAAGAUGUGUUUUCCAGAGUAAUGAGAGCUGAGAAUCUCUUGCCACCAGCUGCUAGUAUUCCUACAAGUGCCUUGCUCAGUAAGGGCACCUAUGAGACUCGUAGUCCCAUUGAUAACCGCGGGGGGCCUACCCGUGGUGGUUCGAAGCAAGGGGGAGCCCCUUCUGACUCCAGUGGGGUAGUGUGUUAUUACUGCAAAGAACCGGGGCAUACAAAACGCACAUGUCGAAAACUUCAGAAUAAACAGCAACGGAAUAACUCUGCCCACGUGGCUACACAAGCCAGUGCCCACAUGGCUACACAAGCCAGUGACACAGUCACGAUUUCUGCUGCUGAGUAUGCCCAGUUAAAAUCUACUACACCGUCUGUGAGUGCCGCAGCUACAACAGGUAAUAAUGCUACUGCCCUUGCUUCUUCUUCCUCAAAGUGGAUCAUAGAUUCCGGGGCUACUGAUCAUAUGACAGGAUCUUUUGACGAGGCGGAUUAUUGGUAGAGGUUAUGAAUCUGGCGGGCACUAUAUACUGGAUGAUCGGGUGUCUCAUGCGGUAGCUUGCGCUAGCAGUCAUUCUCCCUUUGAAGUUCAUUGUCGAUUGGGUUAUUUGUCUCUAUCUUCUCUUAAGAAAGUUUAUCCUCAAUUUCAGCAUUUGUCGUCUUUAGAUUGUGAGUCAUGUCAGUUUGCCAAGCAUCAUCGUCUUCCUUUAGUGUCUCGUGUCAAUAAACGGGUUUCAUCCCCUUUUGAGUUAGUCCAUUCUGAUGUUUGGGGUCCUUGUCCUGUAGAGUCCAAAGCAGGGUUUAAAUACUUUGUUACAUUUGUUGAUGAUUAUUCCCAGACAACUUGGUUAUAUUUAAU